UCCUGGAGCUCGCGCUGGCCUGAGACAGGGAGAAGUAAGUUCUGAUCCCCAAAGACUUGACAGAAGACCAACGGGUUAUACCUUGUGUUCUGUGGACAUAUAUUUAUUUAACUGAGUAAGCUCUCUGUUGAGCCUCCCCGGUGUGGUGGUAUCUCUUCGCGAUGCGAAGAUGGCCAGCCUGCCAGCUCACAAAGGCCCACAUGUGCUCCGCCGCUUCACCCCAGAGUCUCUGGCGGAGAUCGAGCGCCGUAUCGAGGACCGCAAGCGGCUGGAGCUCGAGGGCGAAGAACCGCCGCCCGGCCCCAGUGGACCCAGCAGGGACAUGGAGGCCGGGAAGAACCUGCCCAUGAUCUAUGGAGACGCUCCGGAUGAUAUGCUCAACACACCCCUGGAGGACAUUGACCCCUACUUCAAAGAACAGAAAACCUUUAUAGUGAUCACCAAAGGUAACACAAUCUUCAGGUUCAAUGCUGAGCCUGCUUGUUACAUUCUCAGCCCCUUUAACCUUCUACGAAUAGGAUCCAUCAAAAUACUCAUACAUUCAGUAUUUAGCAUGAUCAUCAUGUUCACCAUAUUAGCGAACUGUGUGUUUAUGACCAUGAGCAACCCCCCGCCAUGGAGCAAGACAGUCGAAUACGUUUUCACUGGUAUUUAUACCUUUGAGGCGUCGAUAAAGGUCUUAUCACGAGGCUUCUGCAUCGGAAACUUUACAUUCCUAAGAGAUCCAUGGAACUGGCUGGAUUUCAUGGUGAUCAGUAUGGCGUACAUCACAGAGUUUGUCGACCUUGGCAACGUGUCAGCCCUGAGGACGUUCCGCGUACUUCGAGCUCUGAAGACCAUCACAGUGAUUCCUGGUUUGAAAACCAUUGUUGGAGCUCUUAUCCAGUCAGUGAAGAAGAUGGGCGACGUGAUGAUUUUGACGGUGUUCGCUCUUGCCGUCUUUGCACUCAUCGGCCUGCAGCUGUUCAUGGGGAACCUGCGGCAGAAGUGCAUACGCUGGCCCCUCCACAACGACACCGACACCAUGUUUGAUGACUUCUUCAACACCACCAUGGCCUACAACACCACCAUGGCCUACAACGCCACUGUCAACGAGACUAGCACCUUUGAUUUCAAAGCCUACAUAGAAAACGAAGAGAAUCAGUAUUUCUUAGAAGGCAGCUUGGACGCCCUGCUGUGUGGAAACAGCUCAGAUGCUGGGAAGUGCCCAGAAGGAUUCGUUUGCAUGAAGGCCGGGCGGAACCCCAACUACGGAUACACCAGCUAUGACUCGUUUGGCUGGGCCUUCCUGGCCCUUUUCAGGCUUAUGACACAAGACUACUGGGAGAACCUCUUCCAGCUGACCCUCAGGGCUGCAGGAAAGACCUACAUGCUCUUCUUCGUGGUGGUCAUCUUCCUGGGCUCCUUCUACCUCAUCAACCUCAUCCUGGCCGUGGUUGCCAUGGCGUAUGACGAGCAGAACGCGGCCACCCUGGCCGAGGCUAAAGAGAAGGAGGAGGAGUUCCAGAGGCUUCUAGAACAACUCCACAACCAAGAGGACGAGCAGAUGAUUGUGGGGAGUCAGAUGUCUCUGACUAGCCAACGGAGCCAAAGUCGAGGCACCAAUGACACACGCAGUCUCCAAGACGAUGACGUCAUAAAGGACUGCAAUGGAAGAAUAGUUCCACGAUUUGUCAUCAACAGAGUCUCUUCAGAAAAAGAAGUAUGCACAGACGAUGACAAGAGUAGAGAUGCAAAGUCCAUUGGGUCCAAACACAGCAUGAUGUACCUGGAGCAGCCAGGCUUGGGCAAACGGACAGCCAGUGCCCUAACGGUCCUCUCUAACGCCAUGGAAGAGCUGGAGGAGCUUCAGAGGCCUUGUCCACCCGGCUGGUACAAGUUCGCCGACAUCUUCCUCAAGUGGAACUGCUGCCCGCCGUGGGUGAUCUUCAAGAACUGGGUGAACUUUGUGGUGAUGGACCCCUUCGUGGACCUGGGCAUCACCAUCUGUAUCGUGCUCAACACACUCUUCAUGGCCAUGGAACACUACCCCAUGAGCCCUGAGUUUGACCACAUGCUGUCAGUGGGCAACCUGGUCUUCACUGGUAUCUUCACGGCUGAGAUGGUCUUCAAGCUGAUAGCCAUGGACCCCUACUAUUACUUCCAGGUGGGCUGGAACGUCUUUGAUAGCAUCAUUGUCACCUUCAGUCUGGUGGAGCUGGGCCUGGCCAACGUCCAGGGCCUGUCAGUACUUCGGUCCUUCCGUUUGAUGCGUGUCUUUAAGCUGGCCAAGUCCUGGCCCACGCUCAACAUGCUCAUCAAGAUCAUCGGCAACUCGGUGGGCGCCCUCGGCAACCUGACCCUCGUCCUGGCCAUCAUCGUCUUCAUCUUCGCCGUGGUGGGCAUGCAGCUGUUCGGCAAGAGCUACAAGGACUGCGUGUGCAAGAUCGCCCAGGACUGCGAGCUGCCCCGCUGGCACAUGCACGACUUCUUCCACUCCUUCCUCAUCGUCUUCCGCAUCCUGUGCGGGGAGUGGAUCGAGACCAUGUGGGACUGCAUGGAGGUGGCCGGGGCCAACAUGUGCCUCAUUGUCUUCAUGAUGGUCAUGGUCAUCGGCAACCUGGUGGUGUUGAAUCUGUUUCUUGCCUUACUGCUGAGCUCUUUCAGCGGAGACAACCUGUCGGCAGGUGAUGAUGAUGGUGAGAACAACCUCCAGAUCGCAAUUGGCCGCAUCACGCGCGGUGUGGACUGGGUGAAGGCCCAGGUGGCCGCCCUGGUGUUGCGCGUCCUGGGCAAGAAGCCGCCCGCUGAGGACGGAGGCGAAGCGGAAGACGGGGACGCCGGAGAUGGCCUGGACAAGGACGGCCUUCCCAUGAAUCACCUGGACAAGAUAGUGGAUGGGAUGCCCAACUGCAACCCAAACAACCGGACGCUCAAGGUGCCCAUCGCCAAGGCCGAGUCCGACAUGGAGGAUGAUGAGAGUGAUGAGUCCGACGAGGAUGACGAUGAUGAUGAUGAAGAGAAGAAAGCCAAGAAGCUCGCAGAUGAUGGCUCGUCAGUGUGCAGUACUGUGGACUACAGGCCGCCAGAACCUGAACCAGAGGUAGAGGAGGAAUCCGAGCCGGAACCAGAGGAUCCAGAGGCCUGCUUCACUGAUGAGUGUAUUCGCCGCUUCCCGUGUCUGGAUUUUGACGUCUCGCAGGGUAAGGGAAAAAAGUGGUGGAACCUGCGCCGGGCCUGUUUCACCAUCGUGGAGCACGACUACUUUGAGACCUUCAUCGUCUUCAUGAUCCUCCUCAGCAGUGGCGCUCUGGCCUUUGAGGACAUUUACAUUGAGCGACGGCGAACGAUUAAGAUCAUUCUGGAGUACGCAGACAAAGUCUUCACUUACAUCUUCAUAGUGGAGAUGCUGCUCAAGUGGGUGGCGUACGGCUUCAAGACCUACUUCACCAAUGCCUGGUGCUGGCUGGACUUCCUUAUCGUCGACGUGUCACUCAUCAGUCUUACUGCUAACCUGUUGGGCUACGCUGAGCUGGGGCCGAUCAAAUCGCUCCGUACGCUCAGGGCACUGAGACCUCUCCGAGCACUCUCCCGUUUUGAGGGGAUGAGGGUGGUGGUUAACGCGCUGGUAGGCGCCAUCCCGUCCAUCUUCAACGUGCUGCUCGUCUGCCUCAUCUUCUGGCUCAUCUUCAGCAUCAUGGGUGUCAACCUGUUUGCCGGAAAGUUCUACAAGUGCAUCAAUACUACCACCGACGAGAUGUUUCCCAUUGACGUGGUCAACAACCAUAGCGACUGCAUAGCUCUCAUGCACACAAAUGAGGUGCGCUGGGUCAACGUCAAGGUGAACUACGACAACGUGGGCCUUGGCUACCUCUCCCUACUGCAAGUGGCAACAUUCAAGGGCUGGAUGGACAUCAUGUAUGCAGCAGUGGAUUCUCGAGAGCCAGAGGAGCAGCCGUCGUAUGAGAUCAACCUGUACAUGUAUCUGUACUUCGUCAUCUUCAUCAUCUUCGGCUCCUUCUUCACCCUCAACCUCUUCAUCGGCGUCAUCAUCGACAACUUCAACCAGCAGAAGUCAAAGUUUGGAGGUGCGGUCUUUAUGACAGAGGAGCAGAAGAAGUACCAUGAGGCCAUGAAGAAACUGGGCUCGAAGAAACCAGUCAAGCCCAUCCCUAGACCGAGUAAUAUGAUCCUGGGCGCAAUAUACGACAUCAUCUCCCAGCAGUUCUUCGACAUCUUCAUCAUGAUCCUCAUCUGCCUCAACAUGGUGACCAUGAUGGUCGAGACAGAUGACCAGAGUGCAGAGAAGGAGGACGUUCUCUACAAGAUCAACCUGGCUUUCAUCAUAGUCUUUUCUGGCGAGUGCCUGCUCAAGUUGUUCGCCCUCCGACACUACUUCUUCACCAUUGGCUGGAAUGUCUUUGACUUUGUUGUCGUUAUCCUCUCUAUCGCUGGCCUUGCGCUGUCAGACAUCAUUGAGAAGUACUUUGUGUCGCCCACCCUGUUCCGUGUCAUCCGAUUGGCCAGAAUCGGGCGUGUGCUUCGCUUGAUCCGUGGUGCCAAGGGCAUCAGGACACUGCUGUUUGCUCUGAUGAUGUCACUUCCUGCGCUCUUCAACAUCGGCCUAUUGCUCUUCCUCAUCAUAUUCAUCUUCUCCAUCUUCGGCAUGUCCAACUUCGCCUACGUGAAGAAGCAGGCUGGCAUCGACGACAUGUUCAGCUUCGAGACGUUCGGCAGCAGCCUCGUCUGCCUCUUUGAGAUCACCACCUCGGCUGGCUGGGACGGUCUCCUGCUGCCUAUCCUGAACAGUGGGCCGCCGGACUGUGACCCUGACGUGGAGAACCCGGGGUCGGACGUGCGGGGCAACUGCGGAAACCCAGGCAUGGGCAUCAUGUUCUUCUGCAGCUACAUCAUCAUGUCCUUCUUGGUGGUGGUCAACAUGUACAUCGCCAUCAUCCUGGAGAACUUCAACACGGCACAGGAAGAGAGCGGUGACGCGCUCUGUGAGGAUGACUUCGAGAUGUUCUACGAGACGUGGGAGAAGUUCGACCCGGAGGCCACGCAGUUCAUCCCCUACGAGCGUAUAUCUGAAUUCUGCCACACGCUUCUUCCCCCUUUCCGCAUCCCCAAGCCAAACCGACUACGGCUCAUCGCCAUGGACCUACCCAUCUGCAUCGGCGACAAGAUCCACUGCCUGGACAUUCUGCUGGCACUCACGCAGGAGGUGCUGGGCGACACCAUCGAGAUGGUGGCCAUGCGCGAGAGCAUUCAGCUCAAGUUCGUCAUGAACAACCCCACGUCGGCGUCGUUCGAGCCCAUCACCACAACCGUGCGGCGCAAACAGGAGGAGGAGGCGGCCGUAACGCUGCAGCGUGCUUACCGAGCGUACCUGUUCCGGCGUGGCGCCCGCCAUGCCGCAUACCUGCACCGGCACAAAGGCCAGGUGCGGCCGGCGCAGGACGUUGACCAGCCGUCUGAGACUGAGGGGCUCAUUGCACGCAAGAUGAAUGCCCUGUACGGCAGCAAUCCCGAACUCGCCCUGGCGCUGGAGAUGAAGGCCAGACCCACACCGGCCGACGCCCCUGUCACGACAAGCACCACCCUUACCACCGCCGCCGUUGUCGUUCCCCAACCGUCGAAUCUCCCUAUAGGUCAACAGCAGUCAGCAGCGUCGCAACUGCCCCCCACCUCCUCGGCGAGGCUACAACCGCACCUCCAAUCCCAGCACCACGCCACCUACCCCCGGCCGCCCGUGGGACACCACCUGGUGGUGCCCGUGGAGGUGACCAACGAGGUGGUGCUGCAUGCGGCGCCCCAGGAGGUCUCACCCCGGCCCCUCUCCAGAGAAGAGGUGGCGGCACUCAGAGAGUCUGUGGUAUGACCGGACCGGGCGCCCAUGGUGGCAUUUGUGGCUGAGUCACUCUUCGGGAUUAUGGGGCGGCAACCCUCGACUUGAAAAUGAGCAAGAGGUUACAUUUGGUGGUGGGAGAGAGGGAGGGGCACUUCACUCACACACACAAACACACACACACACAUACAUACACACACACACACACACACACACACACACACACACACACUCACACACACACACACGUACCCUACCAGCACUUAACAGCACUUAACGAGAUGGAAUCGCACAAAAUCCGUAGAGAGUGGGCUACAGGUGUGUGGGUAAGGAAGGUUUGCUUUCUUUCUUUUUUUAUUCAUAAAAUAAUGAGUCUUUAUUUGUUGUCAUUUGUCUCCCCUAUCAAAAUAUGCACAGGCUAAUGUUAAUAUCUAAACACGUUUCACUUCAACGUUUUCCCAAAUGUGAAUAGUACACUUCUUCAAAAUGUCCGCCGCAAACAUUCUGCUCUCAGCUCAAGUAAAACACUGAUUUGUCAACAUUCCAUUUAAUCAUUUAUUUGCUUGUUUGUUUGUUUGUUUAUUCAGUUCUCACAUACUCUCAUAUAAUAUACUAUCCUACAUCUAAGUAGAAGAACAGACAGCAACAGAUAUAAGCAUAACUUGGUUUUACAAUAAUCUUUCAGGGCAAAGCAAAUACUUUCCAUGUAGUGUAAAAUAAUUGUGCUCGUCAACAGUUUGGGUAUAAGUGUCUGUUGGUCAGAUGUUUGCAAAUCAGUGUUGCACCAGCUGAAAUCAGAAAGUUUCUGAAACGGUGACCCGAAUGUGAACAGGUUACAGUGUUUGUCAAAACAGGAAAAUGUUACAUAUUGGUGCACAAAACAAAGAAAUUAUUUUGAAACAAUCUCUUUAAAUAUUAAUAGCAUCAACAUGUCGCAUAGUAAAUAUGAUAUGAGAAUAAAUUUGAGAAAUUUUAUGUAAUUUUUACUCAAAAUAAGUUCAGCCUCUUGAGUAGGUCUGGAAAAAAUCAAUAUCUAAAUUAUUUUUUAUUUAUGGUGAUAAAAAUCAAGCAAAGAUAAUGUCCAACAAGCCCGAUGUAACAAUGCUUAGUACAGGCUAUUGUCUUUAUAUCCCUUAUGCUGUGAGCCUUAUUUAUUGAUUAAUUUAUUUAAUUGUUUUAGAGCGGAAAGUUUGGUUUUGUAUCUUUAUUAUUUACACUUUUUUUGUAAUGGUAAAAGAAUGUAAGAUUUCUUGGCUUGAAUAGGACAUUUUAUUUUCACAACAGGAAGAGUAUGUAAGUUGGCCGUCUCCUCUCCCCCUCCUCCUGUAUACAGCUGGUAGUUAUGGUAAUGAGUCUUCUAGGCCUUUCCGUGUGCCACCCUUUAGUUUGCACUAUUUAUAACUGCCCCCCCACCUCCCAGUUUCUGCAGUGGCCCAUCACAGCAUAUAAGCACGCAAAGCAAAUAAGGCCUCCAUCUGGAAUGUUCCAUUUGCAUAUUCACUGUGCAAACUGAACAGAGUUAUUGGUAUUUUUAUUUUCAAGUAAUUGUUCAGUUGAUUUAACAAGAGUCCUCAUUGCCUUUUAUUUUAAAAAUGACUAAUAUGCUCAUUGAGCAGUUACUCAGUAGCACAUUUAAAAAAAAAAAAAAUUAAAUCCCCCUUUUACCUUUCUGUUGACUCUUCCAGAUCUUCCACAGGUAUUAAUUUAAUUCCUACAAAAAUUGGACUCUUUGCUUAUAUACCCCCUGUCAAUUUCCCCAUACAUCCGAAUAUAAACAUGUAUAAAAAGAUAACCAUGCGUGGACAGUUUCUUAUUUUCUGUAGUGUUUUCAGAGGUAUGAUUGUCACUGUGAUUUAUAUGUUUACAACAGAUGUAUGUUGGUCUUGCUGGUAUAAUAGUAUUAUCAUUUUGUCAGUCAGUACAAGAGCUUUAUUAUUACCUACACCUGCAUAUUUGCUAUAAACCCUUGGAAAAAAGAGUUACUACAGCUUCUCAAAAAGUUGGAAAAGUGAAAAUAGUAAAAGUAAAGUAGAUGCUGUUGUAAAAAUGCCACUCAAAAGAUGUUAUAAAUAUGCAGAGUUUGUUUUAAAUUGUAAAUAUUAGGUUUUCUGGCUGUGAAACAUCCAACCAACCUAUUUGAAAACAGUCAUUUUGCCUUUGGGCAGUGGUACUAUUAAGGUUGAUCCGAAUAGUGUUUUGUCUUCUUUGGAAAGAAACAAGUGCUUACCUAUAAAGAUCUAUUUAAACCAAUCAAAAACAAUAUAAACAACAUUUUAAGGUUUCAAUACAAGAUGAGGGAAGGACUAGAGGUUUUGGAUCCUUGUUUUGCAGCUCUCUUUCCAGUCACUGUUGAUCGUCAGUCUUAACCCCAAUGGAGAUGCUGCCUUUAGAAUUGGUACCUUGACCUUUGACCCUCGCCCAUAUCUGGCCCAUAUUUGACAGUCCCCUUCCAGAGUCAGACACUCAUUUGUAAACAAUCAUUGGUUGUUGUGGCGCGUUUAAAAGGACAAAUAAUUUGUUUAAAGAAAGAACUGCUUUAUUGGCUUGCGAGAGAUUUUUUUAAAAGUGAUAUAAGUCUUAAUGUAUAAACAAAUGCUUUUCUUUUGCAAGCAAAUAAACAAACCACAUUACAAUGUACAUUUAAUUGAACUCAUUAGCACUUUUGCGCCUUUUGUUUUUCUCAGUGUUUUUUAGAUAUUUUCUCUUUUCUAAUGUAAGUAAGAAUAGGCUACCUUCAUCACUUGAAACACCUCUUUUAUAUUCAUGCUGCAUUCAAGGUAACUGGGUGGAAAUUCAAAAGUGCGUUUGUGAUGAAAACUUUGAACUGCAAACUCAUUUCCUUCCAACGGAAAUCCCAUUCACAUGAAAAUGCGAAAUGUCAGCUCUCCUAAUUUUUUACUUACAAUGAACGCAGCAUCUGCUCAGCCAACUCUUAAGUUCUCCUCGUCUUAAAACAAUAAAGCGCUUUUUAAAAAAUAAGGAUUUCUUCCCUCAAACUAUGCAGAGCACCUCACCAUCAACGCAUCAGGUUAUCAUCAAUGGUGAAUGCACUUUUGUGUUAAUUAGUGUGAUGUAAAUUGUAUUGUUUUUGCCAUUGUUUACAUUUGUGAUGAAAGGAGAAUCCUGUUCAGUGCUCGAGGCUAUUCGCUUGCCAAACUACCAAUCAUGUUGCCUGUAUAUAAUGUUUAUUGUAUGGUGUUGGAAGCAUUUCUCUUUUUUCUAGAUGUUACCUUUGUAUUAUCAAAGAAGACAAUUAUAUUUGUGUAAAUUAAAUAAACUAUUAGAAUAAACUAUUCUAAAAUAGA